AUGGACUCAUUGCAGCUGCUUCCUCUGAAAUGUGACCUAACACAACCUGCACCCACUCUUGCCCCCGUGGAGACAAUCCCCCCGAAGGCUCAAAGAGAAGCUGCCCUGAUGGCCUCCACCGUUCACCGUUGGCACUUGGAGAAGGAGCUCUGCUGGCACGCGACGACCCUCAGCCCGCGGUCACCACCGUUCCCAUUUAACGGACAGGCAGAGGGAGGCCCACAGCUGACAAACUGGGGCGCGGGGACCGGCGCUCAGACAGCCCUGGGGGCGCUCGCUGGCCAGCCCGGCGAGAUCACGAUCCCCUAUCGCCGGUCUCAAUCCACGCCCCCUUUUCCAAAUCCCGCGGCCAGCCGGGAAGCCGGGCGCGACAGGAGGAGGAGUCGCGCGGGGCAGGGGCCCGGGCCCGGCUGGGCCACGGGCGCCGCCUCCCUCUCGCGCCGGUGCGCUCCCCGGAGUCGCCCGCGAGCCCAGCGCCGCCGCUCCACCGCGCGUCGGGUCCGGGGAGGGCGCCCCCUGCGGGACCGGUCGCCGGGUCUGCACCGUGGCCCGAGCGCGCCGCCCGGGGGGAAGGCGCGCUGGCGGAGUUGGCCGCGUCCCGGGAGAGCGCGCUGGGUGAAGUUUGCCGACAGCUCUACGACCCCGACGCCGCGCUCACAGCCCCUGGGGGGAGCACCUUCUGCACCCCCGGCGGUGGUCGGACUGAUCCGGAAGCGCGCUCUGCAGACCGGCUGCGGGGACUUCGCGGCGCUCGACGACGACCCGGCGCUGGCUAGGGGCGCCCCUCCUUCUCUCCUGCUGCUGCUGCUCCCCCGUCUGCACCUCCCCUCGGGCUUCCGCACCAGUACCCGGAACCCAGCCCCACAGCCAGAGGGCUUCUCCCCAGCCAGGCCCCCGACCCCAGUCUGUGCUCUUGGCGCCCCAACCCUGGGGAGGAGGGGUGCUCGGCGCCCGCAGAGGCUGAAGUUACCUUCUCCGGGGCCGGGCUUCUGGGGCCAGCCGUGGAGUCGCGGGUGGGUUUCCCGUGUCCGCUCUGGGGGCGCCUCGGUUCGCGCGAGGACGGUAGGCGAGUUCUCUCGCAGGCGAGUUCCCGCCUCGCAACUGGGCGAACUUGUCCGGAGGAAGCGCCAGAAUCAGUCCCGCUGUGUUUAUUGAGCGCCCCCAAGUGUCAGCCGCUGGGCAUGGGGCCCUGACUGUCCAACGUGGGAGGGACCCUGCACUUCCGCGCUCCCACCUCGCUCCUACCCCUACAGCCCCGCAUAGGUGCACGAACGCGCGCGCGCACACACACACACACGCACCACUCACACUUUUGCCUUUCUUCACCCUUGGGCCUCCAACCGGCGCCUCCAAAGCCUUUCUCUCCCAGGCUCCUCAGGACCGCAACUAAUUAACUCGGUCACACUGCCGUGUGAUUUUGUGAUUUUUGUGAUUUUUAUCGAUACCAGAAAUAAUUGCUUUUAAAGAACUUUUUACACCUUGAAUCUCUCAUGGCGUGAGAUCAGGCAAGAACCACAUCUUGUUCUUUGUGUUUGCGGACUUCACCCUGCGCCUCAGACUUCAGGAUUGUCUCUAGAAUCUUGCCAGGUAAGGACACUUCCUUGGUUUAAGGAAGACUGGCAGCAGGUAAGGGUCAGGGCAUAAUUAUAAUUUAUUAACUUCAGCAAAAAUCUCUAAUUCCUGAAUAUUUUAAACAGUUACACUAUUUCCCAUGUGGCCAAUGCAGUAGGCUGAAAGUUGGUGUCCACUGCACCCCUAUUAAUAUGCUGAAACUUAAUGCUCAAAGUGCUGGCAUCUGACAUCAGGAGUUAUGGGUGGGGCCCUAGUGAGGAGGAUUAGUGCCCUUAUCUUAAAAAAGGCUGGACAGAGCUUUCUAGUCCCUUCUACCCUAUGAGGACAUAGGCAGAAGUUGCUGUCUGCAUCCCCAAGGAGAGCUCUUACCACAACCUGGUUAUGCUGGCACCCUAACCUUGGACUUCAAGCCUCCAGAACACUGAGAAUUAAGUUCCUGGUGUUUAUAAGCUACGUGGUCUGUAGUAUUUUGUUAGAGCAGCCCACACAGAUUAAGACAAAUUGUGUUACUCUAGCAUCUGUAUUUCUGAAAUGUGUGUGAUAACAAAGUCUUGUAGACACUAAGAUAAUUUACGUUCUAAAGGAAUUCAAUUGCAAAUCAUUUAAGAAAUGAAAAGUCCCUACAGUAAAGAAAAUUCAUUACUGAUUUAUACAUUUAAGUUUGAAACACAGUGUUAGAUUUUGGAAGGGGCCUUAACAACUAAUCCCUGUGCUCAUUUCGUAGAUAAAGAAUCUGAGACUCGGAGAAGUGGCCUGUAUCACAAAUUUGCUAGUGGCAGAACCAGGAUCAGGUUGCCUU